GAUGUCAAGAUUGUAAUCAUGGGAGAAUCAGGAGUUGGCAAAACCUCAUUUAUCGGCCGUUAUUUGAAAGGAACUUUUUCCGUCCAACCACAUACUAUGGGUGCUGCUUUUAGUAUGCAGAAAUGGGGUCAUUAUAACGCUGCGAUUUGGGAUACUGCUGGGGAAGAGAGAUAUGGACGCUUAACAUCAUUUUAUUGUCGUGGUGCUUCUGGAGUUAUUAUUGCAUACGAUAUUACCUCGAAAAAGUCAUUCGAUACACUGAAGGAAAGAUUCAUACCGUUGCUCGAUGAGAAUGAUACCCAUGUACUUGUUGCUGUUGUUGGUACGAAGAAAGACUUAAUCGAUACAGCGGGUAGAGAAGUAUCGCAAGAGGAUGGCAAAACAAUGGCUAUAAAUUUAAACGAGAAUUGGCAGGGUCAAAAGUUGCAACAGAUCCCAUUCUUUGAAACUAGCUCUAAGGCUGGAAUAAAUGUAAAGGAAGUUUUUAAAUUUUUGUUAUCGAAUUUAUUACCAUUAGAUGAUUCA